AUGUUAAGUCUUAGGAAGAAACACCAAAACUUGUUAUAUUCUUGUUCAAUAGUAAUCGUGUGUUCUUCCUAACACUACUCCUUUUAUUUCUCUUCUUAUUAUUCUUGUAAUUAAGAAGAAAGAAGAAGAAAAAUGGGGAGUGAAAAGGUUGGAAGUUGUGGAAAAUUGAUAGAGAGCUCAAAACCGUAUUUUGCAAUGAUGUCAUUACAAUUUGGAUAUGCUGGCAUGAAUGUUAUUACUAAGCUUUCUCUUAAUCAAGGCAUGAGCCACUAUGUUCUUGUUGCUUAUCGCCAUGCCUUUGCAGCUGCUAGCAUUGCCCCAUUUGCCUUUAUUUUUGAAAGGAAAGGUCAACCAAAGAUAACAUUCUCAGUUUUCAUGCAACUUUUCAUUCUAGCUCUGCUUGGGCCAGUGAUUGAUCAAAAUUUUUACUAUGCUGGGUUGAAGCUUACAUCCCCAACCUUUUCAUGUGCAAUGAGCAACAUGCUUCCGGCCAUGACUUUCGUUAUGGCAGUUAUAUGCCGGAUGGAAAAGAUAGACAUGAAGAAAGUGAGAUGUCAAGCUAAGGUAGUGGGAACAUUAGUGACAGUUGGUGGGGCGAUGUUGAUGACAUUAUACAAAGGACCUAUCAUGGAAUUGGUAUGGGCCAAACAUAGAGAAACUCAUCACAACAACGCCAAUUCUUCAUCAUCAACAACCUCCAAAGGUUCCUCCGAAAGAGAUUGGUUCUUAGGAUGCACUUUCCUCAUCAUUGCUACCCUUGCCUGGGCUUCCCUCUUUGUUCUACAAGCCAAAGCUAUACAAACGUACAAGAAUCACCAACUAAGCCUAACAUCACUUAUCUGCUUCAUAGGAACUCUUCAAGCUACUGCAGUUACUUUUGUUAUGGAACACAAUCCUUCUGUUUGGAGAAUUGGCUGGGACAUGAACUUACUUGCUGCAGCAUAUGCUGGUAUUGUGACAUCAAGUAUAUCAUACUAUGUACAAGGGUUGGUAAUUAAGAAGAAGGGACCCGUCUUUGCAACUGCCUUUAGCCCUCUUAUGAUGAUCAUUGUUGCCAUCAUGGGCUCCUUCAUCCUUGCUGAGCAAAUUUAUCUUGGAGGUGUGGUUGGUUCCAUCUUGAUUGUAAUAGGCUUAUACUCUGUUCUAUGGGGAAAGCACAAAGAACAAAUAGAAACCAAAAUGGGACAUCAUGAUGAUAAUGAUAUACAUUUGCCUGUUACAAAAGGUAGUGCUCAAAAUUUUGGAAAUGAAGACUCAAAAAAUAAUGAUGCCACAGUAGAUCAUUGCACCCAAGAAAAUUUUGAUCACAAAGAAGAAGUCAACAAGGAGAAGCACUCCUCUUCGGUUGUAAUAAGCAUGACUAACCAAGAGACAAAUAAAUAAAGGCUUAAAAUUAAAGUUAAAAAAAAUGUUGAGUAGGAAAUGUUAACCCUUUUUUUUUAUUUCUCAUCAGCCCAGGAAAAAAUUACCAACAACUUUGUUACCUUACUUGUAGCAAUUUUAAUUUUCCUUUUACCAAGGAUUAUUGUAUGUAAAAAGGAUGUUACGUUGUUGGUUUUGUUAUUAUUUGUAUCAACAAAUAAUUAUAUGACUCUUGUGAGAUUCCAACUAAUCGAUAUGUAUAAG